AUGGAUGGUUUUACAGUUUAUGCUAUCUAUGAUUUCAAUGCUACACAGUCUAAUGAAUGUGGAUUUUUUGCGCAUGACAUUCUCUCUGUGUAUGACAAGUCGUCUGAGUGGUGGUUCGCCAAAAACAAUCGGACAGGUGUCAGAGGCAUUAUUCCAUACAACUAUGUAGAAAACGACGAAAACUUCUCGGACGUUUUGGAUGCUUGGCAAGACAUUGAUCGUGUUGAAGCUGAACGCAAACUCCUAAUACCUGGGGUCGAGCCUGGAACUUACAUUCUUCGGCCUCAUGUUGAUCCUGAAAAUCCCUAUUCCCUCUCGGUUCGAACACAAGAAAUGAACGUAAAGCAUUUCCGGGUGUACUUCAAUGACGCAACGCGAAAGUAUAGCCUUUCUCCCAAGAAUCAAUUCAUCUCUCUAAAAGAAAUGUUUACUCACUACAAAUAUAACACAAUUGACGGACAAGUGAUUCUUGUGAAGCCCAGGCCUCCCCACGUUUUUGUGCCGCCGAAUUUGGAUGAUUGCGUUAUCCGCUUUAAUGACUUGACCAUUGAACAAGAAGUCGGUAAAGGCAACUUCGGAGCUGUUUUUCAGGGGCGCCUUCAACGCGUUAAGGUGGCAGUGAAAAAGAGCCUUUCGGAUCCAUCGGAUGAUAACCUACUCGAAGAGAUCAAAGUGAUGCACAAGCUCUACCACCCGCGUUUGGUUCGGUUCCUCGGGUUUUGUUGUGAUGCGCCGGACGGCAGGCUUCUCAUUAUUACUGAAUUCAUGGAGAAGGGAGCUCUCAAAGACUACCUUAAGACUGAUGAAGGAAAAGCGCUCGAGUAUCCCCAACUUCUCAGGAUUGUGGACCAGGUUGUAAAGGCAAUGUCCUACCUGGAGGGUGUCCAAGUCGUUCACAGAGACCUGCGAGCAGCCAACGUUCUUGUUGCUGGAGAUGGCACUGUAAAAGUCGCCGACUUCGGUUUAACUACAAUUUACGAUUUUACCAUGAAUGAGGACCAAGAGACCAAGUUCCCAGUUCGUUGGACUGCCCCGGAGGCAAUGCGUGGGGGUUAUACGCCAAGCAUCAAAGCAGAUGUUUGGUCGUUUGGAGUUUUCGUAUUUGAGGUCCUAACCCACGGAGAACUGCCAUACUCAGGAAGUACCAUUGCGGAAGUAAAAAGGUUAGUUAAUUCUGGACACACACUUCCAAAUCCACAACAACUUAACUACGCCUGUGAAUCAGGAGUCUACGACAUGAUGAAAUUGUGCUGGAACUUAGAUCCAGAACAGAGACCAACUUUCAAGAAACUUAGCCUGAUGAUUCAAGACUUCAUUAUUGACAAAAAUGGCCGAUACACCGACAACUGGGAUGCACCCAAAGACUAA